CACAUUGAUGUUUACAGAAAAUAGCAUGGUGAUCCCUAUGUUAGUGGAGUAAUUCACUUUGGUUUCAAUUAUAAUAAUUUGUAGUUUAAUUAUUAUUCAUGUGAAUCAAGUUUAAUUCUAAAAAAAUAUAAUUCUAUUGUUACGAUGUAUCUAUAAUUAUCGUGUUGCAUUAAACUCAGAAAGACUAAUAAAUGAAUGGGAAAUGGACUACGAUCACCUACUAUACAGGAGAGAGGUAGAUCAACACAACCGAUGUUGUGGAGGAUGGAUUUGGUGUAUAAGGGACAUCUGUGGUGUGGUGUGCGCCAUCCUGACUUGGCUCCUGAUCCUGUACGCUGAGUUUGUGGUGAUGAGCGUGAUGCUGAUACCAAGUCCUUACCCCAUCUACAGUUACAUCAACAUGCUGAUCUUCCAGACUCUGGCUGUGUUAGCAUUUGCUUCACACCUCCGCACCAUGUUCACCGACCCGGGUUCUGUGCCAAAGGGAAAUGCAACAAAGGAGAUGAUCCAGCAGAUGGGCUGUCGUGAAGGUCACGUCAUUUUCAAGUGUCCGAAGUGUUGUAGCAUCAAACCAGAGAGAGCCCACCACUGUUCUGUCUGUCAGAGAUGUAUUCGUAAAAUGGACCAUCAUUGCCCUUGGGUUAAUAACUGUGUUGGUGAAGAUAACCAAAAAUAUUUCGUUCUAUUCACGUUCUACAUAGCGUCAAUCUCCGUUCACUCGCUGUUCCUGGUGGCCAACCAGUUCUACAUGUGCAUCAGGCUUGAGUGGAAGGACUGCUCCUCCUACUCUCCUCCCACCACUGUUGUUCUGCUGGUUUUUCUCGUUUUCGAGGCUCUGCUCUUUGCCAUAUUUACACUCGCCAUGCUCGUGACACAACUGCAGGCCAUCUGGAACGACGAAACGGGCAUUGAACAGCUUAAGAAAGAGGAGGCUCGUUGGGUGAGAAAGUCCCGUUGGAAAAGUAUUCAAGCAGUAUUUGGACGAUUUUCCCUCGCAUGGUUCUCUCCAUUCACACGUCCUCCUCCAAAAGUGAAACUAGAAAGCUAUUUGUAUUCUGUUUGAGUCGUCCAUUUUUGUUAUUUAACUUUUUGCUGAUUUUUGUAUUUUUGUUGUACAGUAUUUUAUUGCAAGCUUUCUUGAUAGAGAUGUAUAGAAUUAAGUUAUAUUGAAGAGUUCUUAAUCACGUGUUGUUGCAUAUAAUUGUGUGUAUUUAUAUUGCUGUGUAUUAUAUGAAAAUAAUGUAUUAAUUUGUAUAAUCUUUGUGUUGUUGGUCUUAAAUGAUAGAAACAAAGUAGUAUUGGUUUUCCAUAGCCAAAGUGAGAUAUAUUUAAUAUUUUAUAUAUAUUUUUGAAAUGACAUUAGAUAGAUUUUAACUAGUAAAGAGUUAUUUUGUAUUAAGACUGGUGUUUGUUUAAAAACACUUGCAGAAGGCUUAGUUUUCUGAGAACUACAGUACAUUAUUGUGAUUCCUUAAUGUGACUCUAUAUAAACUGUACUGAGAAAACUACCACAUACAUGAGAAUACUGAACAUUCUGUAUUAUAUAUUUUUAAUGUAUGCCUUUACACUGUUAUUGCUGUAGUUGUAAUUUGUACAUCAUAGAUUUGUAUUGUCUUAAAAAAGUUCCUUAGCAACAGAAACAUGACCUUCUGAUAUAAAUUAUUAUAUAAUCAUGGUGAUUUGCACUGUUUUAUGACGUAAUUAUUCUUUGAGUUAAUAUUAGUUAAGCAAUUGAUAAAAACCUUCAAUCAAAUAUGUAAACCUACUUGUUUCAUGAACCUACUGAUUUUAAUAAAUAUUUUAAUAUUUAUA